AUGUCUGGCCAGAAUGGCCGGAGAUGGCAUUACAACUUAGAGAUGUCAUUACAACUUUAUAAAUUUUGUAGGGUGACGCAGGCAAAACUAUAUUCCCGUAUUGGGCAGAGUUGCGAAAGAGUAAGGCCAUCUUAAAUUUGAAGUUUAUAGUUUUUAUAUGUCACACAAUGCCAAGCUAAUAGUUAUCAUUAGCAUAAUCACAAAAUCCACUAGUUCUAGGCUUGGACACAAUUAAUUUUUUGCAGUACACUGCCUUACAACCAAUAGAGGGUUUUUUGUAUAUCCUCUAAAAGAAAAUCAGAUGAAGGGACGCUGACUUGUCAACCCUCUCAUAUGCUUUGUCAUUUCAGAUAUGUUCCAUCCCAAGGAGACACUGUAGUUUACGAAGCAUUAUCUGGGGUCCCACCCUCUGAUCUGCCACAUGCUCUACGAUGGUACAAUCACAUAACCUCGUUUGGUGAAGAGAAGGCAAAAUUUCCUGGUGUCAAAAAAGAUCUUCAAAGCUAUGGUGCUGGACCUGCAACAAAUGGCACAGCAAAGAAUGAUGAUGAUGACUUUGAUCUCUUUGGUUCUGAUUCUGAAGAGGUAUUUAUAGUAUUAUCUUUUAGGAACCUUAAAGGUGCUAUGUCACAAGGAUAAGGCUCUUUUUGGUCAAUUCUGUGCUGAACUCAUUACUUGGUACCUUAAGCUAAAUACAAAAUGUUCCUGUAGAGUUAUGAAGAAUCAAACAAAUUUCAUCCAUGAACACUAACCAUAAUAUUUUUUUGGUGAUUUUUUUUUUCCAAGAAUAGCAUUGAAACUUGAAAAAGUUGUCUCAAUUUUUUCAAGUUUCGCAUUUCAUAUCUUUCAAGUUUCAAUUCAUGCCAUAAUAUUUCCUUUUCAUAUUUUCCAUGAGGAAACACUUUCAAUGCCUAAAAUUUAGGCAUUGAAAGUGUUUUCUCAUGGAAAAUAUGAAAAGGAAAUAGGAAAUAAAUAGGAAUAAUAUAGUCUCAAAUCCCAGCAGGGAUUAUGGGUAAUAGAAGUCACAUGUUGUUUCAAAGCUGGAGCAGUUACAUUGUAACAUUACCAUCAAUCUUCUUUGUCGCUGCUGGUAUGCACAACUUUGUUGGCAGCCUCUUGAAAUGAGAGAUUUGGGUUUUUUUUAAAAGUGAGUCUACGUAUUUAGUAGCAGCAGCAAGUCACAGUAGACUGAAGAAUAUAAACAAUGCAACAAGUAGACAAUCCACAUUUUUACUAAUCAAAUGCAACUGCUAGGCAUCUGUUUAUUACUGAUUUUGUUGUCUAACUUGGAAAUAAACCCUACAGAUGCUCCAAAAACUGUUUGUAGCAUAACUUUUCGAGAACGUGUGAGAAAUCAGUUGUCAAGUCAUGAGAGUGUGCAAUAAGGCAUGAUUCACGUCAAAGCCUUGAGUAUUGCCAAGUCAGAAUGUCUGAAUAAUAUUUUUGAGUGGACCAUUGAAUUCCUUCUUUGCAAUGUAGGAAACUGAAGAGGACAGAAAGCGCAAAGAAGAAAGGGAACAAGCAUACAAAGCGAAAAAGGCUACAAGUAAGCUUUUACAAUCUGUUUCUGAUCUAGUGCUAAAUACUCCCUCCCAUGAUGUAUGUCAUUACAUGAAAUUUUCGUGACACAUUAAUUUCACGAAGUUGAAUUUUCGAUUAAUUUUGUACUUUGAAUCACUUUAAUUUCACAAUCUUUAGUAAGACACUAUUUAUUUAACUUUCCUGGAAUAACCCAUUAUUCCAAUUACAUGUUUCAACUGAUUUUAAAUUAAGUCCCUUUCUGUGAGAGCAAACAGUGUAAAGGUUGCACACAAAUAUUUUUUCAUUGAGGUAUCUGUGCUUUCAGGCUAGAUGUCAAUUUGUUUUUUUUUUACCGCUUCUGCAUGAUUGUAUAACCUUUUCAGAUAAUGUAAUGUCAUCCAAGUUAAUGCUUGUGUUUUAUUGGUCAAGUGAAUUUUAAGAAACAUUGACUGGUCCCCUGGGAACAGUUAAUUUUGUUUUGCAAGAAUAUGAGGCUCUACCUCUGGAAAUGGUGAGACUUUAGUGUUAGUUUUCCAUGGGGCCAGCCAUUAAGUGAUUUGUUUUUAGAGCCAAAGAUGAAAACAUCUACGUGUACAAAAUCAUGAAAUUGAUUCUCCUUGGUCAAUAUUUACAGUUUACAGAUCACUAUAGCUUGCGAACCCAGAUGUGUGAACUCAAAGUAACCAUUGAGAAACUGUGCUACUGGGGAAAAAUUCCAGCAAUAUAACAAUGAGGUGUAUAUAUUUAACUGUUUUUUUGUUGUUUUUUCAAUGUCUUUUUUACUUUAGAAAAAGCAGUCAUCGCCAAAUCCAGUCUCCUCAUUGAUGUUAAACCAUGGGAUGACGAGACAGGUACAGAAUUGUAAAAAUCAGUCACAAUCCUCCUUGGUAUGCAGGGUAAUGUUGCAUGUCUUUCAGAAAUCUCUGGCACCAAUUGGAAUGUUUUGGGGUAUAUUGAUAAGCUUGUGAAUAACAACCAUCUCUCCUGACUUUUCACACAGGCUCCUCAUCGCGAGGAACAUUUUCCCUGUGGAGAAGUCUGUGCCUCAAUGACGGAAAUUGCAUACUGAUGAAUCUUGUUAGUUGUUCUCAACAGUCGAAAAAAUUGUAUUCUUUUUGCUAUUGCUUUUGAAUGACAAACAGAAGGACAAUGGUCAACAUGUGAAUGUGAUGAAUCUACUACAAAACUUCAUUAUUCAUGGUAUACUGCAUAUUCUUUUUUUAGAAGAAGCUUUUUAGUUAUGCUGUUCCUAACAGGCCAUUUUACAGCCUUGUUUUGUUACAAACUUUCCUGCUUUUCAUGUGCAAAUCGUGGUAUUCUCAUGCUAACAAGCCUGUGAACAUGAUCAUUUACAUAUGAAAAACAAGGUCACCGCCAGCCUCACUUCUAUUCAAAGGCCAGGGAACUGAACACACAACUGUAAUAUGCCUAUUGCAGAAGAACUCAAAACCUUUUGAAAAUAGGAGAAACUUAGCAUCAAGCAAAUUUACUUUCGGAACUCCAUGACUACAAGACUAAUAUGAACAAUGUAAACUUUGAUUUGCAUCAUCAGUGUGGAAUUCAUGUUUUUGAGAUGGAGGCAGUCCUGGGGUGGGUACUCCUAUGCAUGGGUAGAUAGGUAUGUGCUGCUGGGGAGGGGAUGGUUUUUGAGGGCAUUACCCUCCUUAUAUCAUCUAGCUAUAAUUCAAGCGAGUCAAUGCCUAGCUACAAGAGAAACAAAUUACCCAUUAAAACUGAACUUUACAGUAGAGUAUUAAGAAAGCAAUCUAACCCAUUUGCCCCUGGAGAUUUUGCUGAAAAACCCGUUUUGAAGCUAGUCGAGUGGUUUUCUGGUCACUGUCGUGCUAUAAAGAGGCAAGAAAAGGGAAAAAAGAGGGGUGGAGAGAAGGUAAAAGUCAAGAGUGCUGUGUCACUUUUAAACCCAAAAACUUUUGCUUUCUGUGCGCGCCCGAACUUUGCAAGCUAAUAUUUUGAUUCUGGGUCAGAAGGCUGUGAAGUGUACGACCUGCUAACGGCUUUGUGGUAAGUGUUAACUUUUUAUAGCACAUUAGUGACUAGAAAACCGAUUGACUAACUUCAAAACGGAUUUUUUCGCCAAAAUCUCCAGGCGCAAAUGGGUUAAAUUGCUGUAUUUCCUUUAGAAUAACAGGCAGAGGGGUUAAGGAAGAUUUGUUUCUUCCCAUUGAAUUCUUAGUUUUUGUUUUUUCCUUGAAAUGGGUCUCAUAAAAUUAUUCCAGGUUUGGACCUCAAAAAGGGGGUCAGUUUUAGUUUGGCUCAUCCUUAAUUAGGAUCAGGGUUUAAGACCCUGGGCAGCACACACCUAUAUGAAAUUUAUGACAGCACACCCCCCCUCCCCCUCCCACCUUUGGAUGCUACCCUCCUAGGCAGACAUUUUUUGGCUCGUCACGCGUGACUAAGCCCAAAUAACGUCUGCAUGGGAGGUUACUUUCCGGCUAAUGUUCUAAAUGGCAAGUAGCGAGGAGACAUGGCUGUAUUUGUAGGCUAGGGUGAGUGGAUGAGGCUAUUAACAUGAGCAGAUCAAUCAACCUCUUUCUCUUACGUUUGAAUGGUCAAAGAUGUGUGUGUGUGUGUUCUGCCUAAAGGCUAGUCCUUCCUUAUGGUUUUAAUUCAAGGCACGCCUCUUGACCGCUACGAAAGGGCCGCCAUCCUUCACUCUAUCCAGCCUUCCCACUUGAAGUCUUCCAGGGCCUCUUUCCUGUUGUUCUCCCCUUGAUAACUAAUGGUACAAGAUAACCAUGCCGCAGGGUGUAAUUAAGGAUAAGAGAUAAAAAAGAAAUGAUGUUGUUGCUUCUCAGGAUGGUAUCCGGGCAUCCCCUGCUAAUCCAUACCAAGUGUAUGCACAGGCUACCCCAGUUUUAAAAAUUGAGCCUGAUAAUUCGCCUGAACUACCUUAGGUAUCAUACGCUGUUCCCGGUUUCAUUCAAAUUUUUAUAGUGAGCCAAGCUGCUUGUGGCUUUUGGCCUUUGGCCAAAGAGCGUUUCGGCCACACUGAGGGGUUUACGGUCAAGUCGCCCGAAAGUCAUCUCGCCCGAAGUUCGCUGUUUUCAAAAUGGUUGUAAAUUCUAAAAUAGAUUUUUUACACUAUUUUUAUUUUUAUUUUUUUAAUUUUUGUUUUUUAGAUAUGAAGGAAGUUGAGAGACUUGUUCGCACCAUUGAAGCUGAUGGCCUUGUAUGGGGUGCAUCCAAACUGGUACCUCUGGCAUAUGGCAUCAAAAAACUUCAGAUAAACUGUGUGAUCGAAGAUGACAAAAUCUCCACAGAUUUUCUGGAGGAAGAGAUAACAAAGUUUGAAGACCUUGUUCAAUCCAUGGAUAUCGCUGCCUUUAAUAAGAUCUAA